AUGGAAAACAAGCAAAGCCAGGUGCUGAACCUUGAACGGGUGCAGGCCCUGGAAAUCUGGUUGAAAGCAACCAACACAAAGCUGACUCAAGUUAAUGGCCAGAGGAAAUAUGGAGGACCACCUGAGGUGUGGGAAGGUCCCACGCCAGGACCGCGCUGUGAAGUCUUCAUCAGCCAGAUCCCACGGGACGCGUACGAGGACAUCCUGAUUCCCCUGUUCAGCUCCAUUGGACCACUCUGGGAGUUCCGGCUGAUGAUGAACUUCAGUGGGCAGAACCGCGGCUUUGCAUAUGCCAAAUAUGGCUCAGCUGCUAUAGCUGCUGAAGCCAUACGACAGCUGCACGGUCACAUGCUGGAGCCUGGCUACCGCAUCAGUGUACGGCGGAGCACAGAGAAGCGACACCUUUGUAUUGGAGGUUUGCCUGCUUCCACCAGACAAGAAGGCAUACUGCAGGUGCUGCGUGUGCUGGUAGAGGGUGUGGAGAGAGUUUCCCUGAAGGCUGGACCUGGUAUCGAGGGGGUAUCUGCUACUGUUGCUUUCUCAUCUCACCAUGCAGCUUCUAUGGCUAAGAAAGUGCUGGUGGAAGCAUUUAAGAAGCAGUUUGCAAUGUGUGUGUCAGUCCAGUGGCAGCCAACAGAGAAGCCAAACCCUGAGGAGCCACGGUGCCCUCAGAAACGUGCAAAGAGCCUGUUGCCGUCACACCUAGGGCCCCUGCACCACAGUUCUCCACAACCCUCAGGCCCGCCUUCAUUCCUGACCCUCCCUGCAUCCAUACCCGCAGGAUUCUGCAGAGCAGUGGGAGGGCCCACUGCUCCUCAGCUCCCUCACCCUACAUGCUCUUUCCCCGAUUCCUCCACCCAAGGCCAUCUUGUAUUUGCAGUAUCCCCAGUGAUGCUUCUCAGUAAGCUAUGUGAGACAGCAGGUGUUGGUCAGCCGUUUUAUGAAGUGCAGUACAGCCACGCUGGGCCUGAUGGAUUCCUCUACUUCUCCUAUAAGGUGCAGAUCCUCGGGAUCACUGCCACUUUCAAGGGGUUGGUCAUGAUAUUACCGGGUCCUAAUGCCAGCACCAUGCUAGAGGAGGCUCAGAAGGCUGUAGCCCAGCAGGUCCUGCAGAAGAUGUACAACACUGGUCUCACACCCUGA